GAGAAAAAGAGUAUAUUCGAAGAUCUCAAGAUCUCCGCGCGAAUUUCCCCGGAGGAUGGUUUUACGUGAAAGCUGACGUGGCGCACGGUGGAAUGGACAACGACAAUUCGACUGAAGAGCAGUCGUUAAGAACUUUCGAAGUUUUGCAAAGAUAUUUCCUUCCCAAGUGCCGCAAAGUCGCAUGCAGAUGAGGUAGCCGGGUACUUUCGACCAGGGGAGUGCGUAUAUUUCCGCGUGUGUGUCCCGAACGAUCAUUGAUCACGCGAGCAAGUGGAGCAUGAUGGGAGAGGUGAUCCGCGUUUCUGGGAGGGCGCCGGACGUCGGUGACAUCCUGAAGGAGGCCAUGCUGUCGCAGAGGUUCGCCGAUGUGGCCCUGUGCUGUCCGGGAGGUCAGCGAUUCCUCGCGCAUCGUCUUGUUCUGUCGGCAGCCAGCUCUUAUCUCCAGGAAGUGUUGCUGGCACACAGCAAAGUUACCGCUCACUGCGAACCGAUCACAGUGAUCUUGGCCGAGGUGGAGGCGCCGGAACUCGCGGCUCUUCUUGGCUUCGUCUACACUGGAAGUGCUACGGUACCGCGGAUGCGACUGGACGCGUUUCUACGUGCUGCGGAGGCCCUGCGCAUCCGGCUUCCGCCGGUGCCGGUGGUGACGACCUGCGGCGAGCAAGCGACGGACUGCAAGCUGGAGGACGUCAAAGACGUCAAAGUUAGCCCGAAGUACCUGCAGUGCGAUCAGUAUCCUUGGUACCGAUCGAAAAGAUUGUGCUACGAAGACCCGUUUGAGAGGAAGGAGUCCUACAUCAGGAUAUUCCCCACGGACGACGUCAACAGGAAUGUGUUCAGGAACAUCGGAGCGCUUCACGAAGCGAACAAUCCUGGCCCGUCCUUCGGUCCUGAUUGUCCGAGCACGUGGCCAAUCGGUGGUUUCCUGCAUCAGGAUAGAGCAACGUGCGAUCCUUCCGCGGACAAGAAUCACAGCUCGAUGAUACUCGCCGACAAGAAUCCGGUGAUAGCUCCUAAUAGCGAAUCCUCCUUCAGUAUAUAUCAACGAGGCGCGUGUCUCCCCGGAGGAUCGUCCUCCGAAGGAUACGCCGGUCCAGAUACUUUGGAGAAGGUCAGGACGGGAUACGAGAGGCUACACAUGAGCUGCUCGACGGAGAAGCCGAUGAUGAACGAGGACGUUCUCGCGAGAGGAUCGGGAGGGGGAGAGACUUGCGGAACGACGCGGGACGAGUGUCCAUACCGGGGCACGGUGCCGUUGUCGUCCUUGCAAUGUGCCGCCGCCGCCGCCGCCGCCACCGCUGCCGGUCAGACGAGGUCGUUCGAGAUGCUCGAUUACACCUCGCAGACUUCGGCGGGCGAGGAUCUUAGCUGCGGCGAAAGUUGUUGUAGGUGGAGAACCGCUCGCAGGCACGUGGCGAAUCGCGUCACCGCGUCACCGUGGCGCCAGAUUGCCAGGCCCCAUCAUUCACCAAGGACCCCGCGGCCCAUCCACGCGUCCCAACGUCACGUCGAUGACGAAAUCCAUAAGAAGUCUCUGGCUCCGGAACCAAUACGAUCCACGGUGAUAUCGAUGAGCCCGAAGAAUAUUGUUCAUUCCCCGAGAAGCGCACCGCGAAGCGACGGGUCUUGCCCUACGGCUUUCGAAGUUCCUACCAGUCGCGAGACGAGCAGUGACUCAAGAUUAUCGCGCGAGAUAAUCGGUAGUCCGGAAGCGAAAGUCCGAGAGAUCUAUCGAUCGCCAGUUCCCUUCGCAUCCUCCGAUCAGAUCGCGCCGUCCACGAACGCGGCGCGAAGCAAUGAACAACCCCUCUUUCAGAACGUCGGCAACGCGUCGUCCGCGCAAUCGGUGUCCCCGAGCAACGACGGCGUUAUCACGAAUGCCAGCAAAAGUGGCGGAUAUCCGACCACCGCGCCGGUGGUUCCACAGACGCCACCGAAACCCGAACUGUCGCAUCCGGUCAGCAGACUCUGCGACACGAUCGAGGCCGAGGAGAGGAAGGAGACGUCGAAGACGGAAGUGGCGAACGCUGCGGAGAAGGGCGGAGACGAGAGGCUCGCGAGGAUUUUCGUUAAUAGCGACAAUAACAAUAACAACGAGACGAUCGUGAGCACGGAGGUGGCGCAGCGCGGACGAUCGGCGGACGAUCACAAGUGCGAUCAGUGCGGAAAGACUUUCGUCACGAGGGCGUCGCUCAAGGUGCACAGCCGAACGCACUCCGGUGAAAAGCCGUUCCGCUGCGCCGACUGCGGCAAGCAGUUUUCGCAGCUGCGCAAUUACAAGUACCAUCGCAGCGUGCACGAGGGCACGCGGGAGUUCGCCGCCACUUGUCCGGAAUGCGGCAAGUACUUCAACGACCGCGGCUACCUGAGCUCGCAUAUGAAGAUCCAUCGGAACCGCAAGGAGUACGGCUGCGCGGAAUGCGGGAAGAGCUUCAAUCAGCGAGUGGCCUACAACAUGCACGUGCGCAUACACACGGGCGUGAAGCCGCACCAGUGCGAUCAGUGCGGAAAGGCGUUCUCGCGGAAGAUGCUGCUCAAGCAGCACCUGAGGACCCAUUCCGGCGAGCGACCGUAUCAGUGCCAGGUCUGCCAGAAAGCGUUCGCCGACCGCUCCAACAUGACCCUGCACACCAGACUGCACUCCGGCCUGAAGCCCUACCAGUGCACCCUGUGCUCCAAGGCUUUCACCAAGAAGCAUCACCUGAAGACCCACCUCAACUACCACACCGGCACCAAGCCGUAUUCCUGCACCAAUUGCGGCGGCAGGUUCUCGCAGAGCAGCAACAUGAGGACCCACUUUAAAAAGUGCAUCGUCAACAAUACCGCCGGGAUGACGGUGAAGUCCGGCGAUGAGGCCGGUACCGAUCGCACCGAUGCCGAGGGCGGCAUAACGCCGCAGGUGGUUCUGACGCCGCCCAACUCCGAUCAGGAAUCCAGUAUCCUGACCCCAAUCUCGAAGAACGCUGUCACGAUAGAGGGCAACACAUAGCGGUCCCUUCCACUUGUAAGACAGAAUCCCGAGAACCAAGUUAGCGAAGAAUAAUAUGAAAAUGUGGCCAAUCAAUCGCUAUCUCUACGGUGGCUUAGAUAGUGUACAUGAUAGAUGCAUUUGUCGAUAAUAAAUCGACCGAAAACAAACUUUUUAUGUUUGCAAGUUUCGAGAAUGUCUUUAAACAUAUUCUAGGAACGAAUCAUUUCACGUUUGAAUUAUUGUUGCAAAAUUACCAGUAAAAUUUGCUUCGAAUUUGUAUUAAAAAA